UCCCACCUCAUCUGACUCUCCUCCCCUCCCUCUCGUCCGGAAAAGUAUUUAUAGACGGGGCACAGCCCGCCUGCCUUUUUUCCUUGCCCGCCUGUCUACGCCGGCAUGCUAGAUACGCCCCGCUUGGCACGCUGCCACAAUUGGGGCGUUGUUCCUGCUUAAAGCCGAAACUUUUCGGGUCCCGCCCCCUAUCGGGCUCACUCAGUCUUCGGACGGGGAGACACGCGGGCACCCUCUUUCGGCUCGCGUUAUUAUUUGGGGAGAACAAGGAGCGAGGUAGCGAGGGAGAGAUCGCGCUUGUUGCAGAGCCGUCUAUCCAACACUUUUGCCAAAAUGCUCCUUUUGUUGUUGGGAAUCAUUGUGCUGCAUGUUUCAGUGCUUGUCAUUCUCUUCGUUUCUACAAUCGUCAGUCAAUGGCUCGUUGGGAAUGGGCACACGGCAGACCUUUGGCAGAAUUGCACCCUCCUAGGGUUCUCGAAUUCAUUUCAUUGCUUAACGUCGUCCACAAAUGAAUGGCUGCAGUCUGUCCAAGCUCUGAUGAUCCUUUCCAUCGUCUUCAGUGUGUUGUCUUUGUUCCUGUUCUUCUGCCAGCUCUUCACUCUCACUAAGGGCGGACGGUUCUACCUUACUGGCAUCUUCCAGAUCCUUGCUGGCCUAUGUGUGAUGAGCGGUGCUGCCAUCUUCACAGUGAGACAUACAGAUUGGCAUCUCCCCACAGACAACGCCUCCUUCGGCUUCACAUACAUCCUGGCCUGGGUGGCUUUCCCAUUGGCUUUUAUUAGUGGGGUGAUCUACAUCAUCCUGAGGAAGCGUGAAUGAAAGUGUUGAGGGAGGCUGCAGAGACUGGAGCACUCAGGACAAGGAGGUGUUGAUCAGUUAAAAAGGGAGGGGGGGGGAGGAAGUUAACCAAAACAAUACCAACAAGGAAAAACGAAAGAAACCAAACUGAAAGAAGGGUUACUGUGUUCACUGAAGAUGUAUAUAGUAUCUAUGGUUUAAAAAAACCUAUUUAUAACACUUUUUACAUAUAUGCACAUAGUACUGUUUGCUUUUGUUUGUUGACCUGCCGCCAUGUUUAAAGCCUAAAGAAAGUGCCUAAGGACUCUUUAACUCCUAACAGUACCAUUAGAGUGCCGUUUUUUCCUCCUCCUGCUGUGGAAGCAAAUGGAUCCCUCCUCCAAAGCUUUCCACUUCCAAUCCAAGGCUAAAUAACCAAUCAAGACCCAUCAGUUGGGCCCUCAGAUAGGUAUGAGAUGCCACCCACUGCACUGAUGUUGGCUGAUGUUGGCUGAGGCCCCUGUAUGCCCUUGUUAACCAAAUGACAGGUUAUAGCUGCCAUGUAGAAAGGGGAGGGAAAAUGUAGAUGAUGUGUAAAGUAAGGGUGGGUGACCCCAGCUUUUAAAUCCCCUGGCACAGUAGCCAAGGUGUGGUGUUGUAUAUGAAGGAUAAUCCCACCGAUGCACCCUGAAGCUGUGUAAUAUCCCCACUUUCCCCCGCCCCAUGUAUAAUCCCCUUGAUAUGACAGCCGGGGCUGCUUGAAGGAAAAACAGGAUAGGCGUGUCAUCAGUCAAUAAUAAAUCCCUCUUGGAAAAGGGAAUACCUACAGCUAGAGCUCAUUUCCAAAUGUUAAAUGAUGUCAGUCUCUUUUGUAUUUUAAAAUAGCCAAGACUAGCACUGAGACAAAGAAGAAGGAACAUCUGAGUGGGGCGAGGAAUAAAAAUGAAAUCCGCCAAGUUGGGCUCAAUGGGCCAAGUAGUCCAUGAGCCAAGGGGUCGUCCUCCAACCAUGCCGGCUGGUGGAUGGUAGACAGUGGCCUUCACAGAAAGGAUAAGCUAAAGUGGAGAAAAGUUAUGAAACCCUCUAAGCUCCAGACCUCCAUCCCUUUCCAUAACCCCUUUUUAUGAAAUUGCAUACCAAAUCUGUGAAAUGGUGCUAUCUAUUUACCAUUCCUUAUAUUGCUAAGCCAUUUAACCUUACUCACUGGAAAGUCAGAUAACAAUUUUGAGAUAAACCAAGGAAUAGGUAUGAUAAAUAAUUCUGUGUAAUAUAUACAGCCUGUAACUGCUUUUGUACUUAGGAAAGUUGCUAUUAUCAUUAUUAUUAUUAUUGCUAUUUUUUUAAUAAAGCAUUUAUAACCAAGGUAUUUCUCCCUACUCCCACCCCCUUCUUCACGGUCAGGAGGGAAGUAAGCAAACCUUCUAGACUCUUGAGGAUCUCCCCCUCCCUGCUCCAGCUCCUCUGUAACCCUUUUCUGUGUUCCCAAAAGUGUGUCUGGCAAUGAACUGUAUUGGCACCCCCAUGUAGAUGUGUAAGUGGUGCCUUCUGAUGCUAAGACUCCAGACAUUAUUAUGCAAUUAUUUUGCUUUGCUUUUCUGAUUUUAUACCAACUUGUGUGGACUAAGAAGCAACAAAAUAAAAGUCAGAAUAACUCA